AUGAAACGUUUAAUCAAAUGGGUUCUUCUCACUUAUGGAACGACAAAAACAACACAUCUUGUUGACCAAUUAAAAACGAUGGGAUUCCAUUAUGCCACAGCAGCCGGAAUCUCUCUUGGAAUUGAUGAUUUACGAGUGCCGCCAGUAAAAGCAGCAUUUAUGGAAAAUGCGGAAAAUGAAAUUUAUGAAAAUGAAAUUCGUUUUAAGCGUGGCCAAAGUACUGCUGUCGAACGUUUAGAAAAAGCACUUGAUAUUUGGAAUACCACAAACGAUAGUUUAAAAACUGAAGUAAUUGCGCACUUCCGAGAAACAGACAUUUUUAACCCCGUGUACAUGAUGGCAUUUUCUGGAGCGCGAGGAAAUAUUUCACAAGUUCGACAAUUAGUAGGAAUGCGUGGUCUCAUGGCUGACCCCCAAGGUCAAAUUAUUGAAUUUCCAAUUCGACGUAAUUUCCGUGAAGGACUUACAGUCACAGAAUAUAUGAUUUCAUGCUACGGAGCCCGUAAAGGACUUGUAGAUACGGCACUUCGUACAGCAAGUUCUGGUUAUUUAACACGACGUCUUGUCGAUGUAGCACAAAGUGUAAUUAUUCAACAAUUAGAUUGUGGAACAUCAAGUGGACUUCCCGUUAAGCCAAACCCGAAAACAAUUGAAUCUUCAUUAGUCGGGCGUGUCUUAGCCGAACGUAUUGUAGAUUCCCAAACCGGUAAAAUUCUUGGUCAAAAAAACCAAACUAUUACACCACGUCUUGCUACAAAAUUACAACAUCGAGCAAGUGUACGAGUACGGUCCCCACUUACGUGUCACUUUCAUUCUGUCUGUCAACUUUGCUAUGGAUGGAGUCUCGCAGACCAAAAACUGGUACAACUUGGGGAUGCAGUAGGUGUUUUAGCAGCACAAUCUAUUGGUGAACCAGGAACCCAGCUAACCAUGCGUACAUUCCACACGGGUGGAGUAUUCGCAGGAGAGGUAACAGAAAAGGUUUACGCACCACACGCGGGAAUCGUUUUUUAUAGUGGAAAGCCCCGCGGCCGUAAAGUUAAUUCAAGAUAUGGAGAAACAGCCUUUCUUACGUAUCAAAGUCUUAAGUUAAAAAUUGUGAAUGGGGACCAUAAAUCAAUUCUAGAAUUUCCACCCUUAACACUUUUAUUCGUAGCACCUGGGCAACCCAUUUCCUUUCAUCAAACAUUAGCCGAAGUAUCUCGUGUUGAAACCUUAACUUCGCAAACAACAAAAUUAGUAACGGAUCAGCAUGAUGAGAGUGGUACAAUUAGUGACCGCUCGAGCAAAGAAUUUUUGGCGACGUUGGAUGGCCAAAUUUAUUUUUCGACCCUCCCUGAAAAUGUAAAACACACAAAAGCUGCAAAAUGGUAUAAAGGGCGAGAUGUUUUAAUGUGGAUUCUUGCUGGAACACUUAUCAAGCAACCAACAAAAAUUGAAGAAAUUGAAGAAACCAUUGAAAAACGUCCAGGCGAUUGUUAUACCACUGGAUUCUAUCCCACAAUCAAUGCAACGCAAGAAAGACAUGUCUUGCAACAAACAAAACAAGAAUCAGGACAUGCGUUCAUUAAACGUAAAUAUACCACACUUCAAAACACUGAAUAUUGGGGUCCACGUCAACAACCCAGCGUUGCCCUUAUUCAAAAAACAAAAAAGAGUCUUGCUCCGCCAGAAUCUUGGAUUACACCCACCGUGCAAACAACCCAAGCUAAUUUUGGCUUACGCAGUUGGAUGCCCAAAAAAGUACGAUCAAAGCCAACCAAAUACGGCGCGCAAUAUGAAGGGUUAGUAGCAAUGCAGCCUCAACCAGUAAACAAUGUUGUCUUCAAAACACUGCAUGAACAAAAACAAGUGAGUGAAUCGCACGACGCUAAUCCAAUGCUGACAACACGCACUUCUGGGACCUAUGCCACUACGGGUAAAAAGUUAAUCUGCCGAAGUUUAUACGCACAACAGAAAAAAUUUGUAUUACAAAAACCGAAGAUUAAAACAUCGGCUCAAUUACGCCCAGCUGCAACCCAUUUAAGUUUUCUCCCACCGUUCGAACCUACCCAAACAGCUGCUGCAAAACGUACACUUUUCCCAUUUGACCUCCAACGAAAAGCGUCUGCCUAUGCGAAAGCGCCGGGAGAAAUUCGAGUAUCAACACUCAUGUUAACGGAAACCGACCAACAAGUCUUUUCAGUAAAAAACAAAAAGGUCUGCGUAAAUGUUGGCGAUUUUAUUCGUGUGGAUGAUUUACUUACAACAACACACCGUAGCCCAGUCUCGGGACAAAUUAUUUUCCUAAGUGAAAAUUAUAUUGUAAUCCGACAUGUGCAACCGUACCCAUUACCAAACCGUGUCGUAACCGAAUUAAAAGUUAAAGAUGGUGAUUUAAUUAAAAAGAAUAGUGUUUUAGGGCGCUUACAAUUUGAACAAUCGGAUGCAGGUGACAUUGUCCAAGGUUUACCAAAAAUUGAUGAAUUACUCGAAGCGCGUGAACCAGUCGAGAAACGCUUUUCGGGUAUUCACUUUCAAUUAGCCUGCUACUGGCGCAAAUAUUUACGUGUCUAUGGACCAACACACGGGUGUACACGAAGCUUCGAACAACUUCGUGCACUCAUUGUGAAUGAAAUUCAAGAAGUAUACCAAUCCCAAGGUGUAUAUAUUGCCGAUAAACACGUUGAAAUUAUUGUCCGUCAAAUGACAACUCGCGUAAUUAUUCUUCACCCAGGAUCAACAGGCUUAUUAUCGGGUGACAUGAUUGAUAUGUACCGAGCGCAGCAUUUACGUCUUGUGGAUCCACAAUUAAAAUUCCGACCUGUACUCCUUGGAAUUACACGUGCGGCCUUAACAGCAGAAAGUUUUAUUUCGGCAGCGAGUUUCCAGGAAACUAAACGUGUGCUUGCAAAUGCCGCAAUUAAUGGUCAAAUUGAUUGGCUUACAGGAUUAAAAGAAAACGUAAUUUUAGGACGCUUAAUUCCAGCCGGAACAGGUUUAUAUUAA